AUGCCUUCGACACGGCCGCCAAACGCGCAGUCGCCCAUCGUUGAUGUCGACGGCGCCCUCGAUAACAUCGACACCAUUCGCAUCCCCGAACCCCACGGCACAUACUUACAAACACGCGGAGCUCGCGCAGCUCGUCGAAUAUACAAAGCUAUGGGUGUUUGGCCAUGGGACAUUGUUCCCGAAGCACCUCCUAAGAUGUGGGCUAUCAAUCUACUGGAGGACCUCGCCCUUGUCGCAGACCAUGUUGCCAGAAAUCCUGGCGAUACGUUACAAGACCUUCAAACAGAGCUUCGGAAGUCUCUUGCACGCGAUCGCAAACCUUCUUAUGCUGGAAAAUUGAUGGCGCAGGAUGUCCACGCUGCAAAGAAGCGAUUCGUUCGAACAAUGCCUCCAUCUCCUGAUGCUCAAGACGACACUGGUGAUGAUGUCGGUACUGCCGAGCGACGAUCCGGACGGCGGCGAAGAACCGCAAACUAUAGCGCUCCAGACUCACCAAUUGACCCAUCGCGAUCGCGCCGAGAUACUUCUUCAGAGGAGAGCGAGGAGCACAUGGCCUCGUCUAUUACCGUCGCCUCAGAGUUUCCUCCAUCCCCCCCUGUACCUCGCAACAUCAAGCAUCUGAAAAGACCAGCCACAACAAUACCUACGCCGAUUGAGAAGCGUGUCCGUCAUAGUUCGCCAGAAGGUUCGCGCCUGUCAGCUGCGCAGAGCCUCAUGAUGUUUAGCUCUCCGAUGGCUUCGUUCCAAAUGGCCACAUCUUUUGGCCCAAGUGCAACUGCCAAUGCUACUCGUUCCCUCGAACCGAAUAAUCUCCAGGAAGCGUUAAAACCUGCGACCAAUGUCUUCGUCGCAGCAAUUGACGCACAUGUCCGAACGAUACGUUCCUCGCUUGCUAUUGCACAACAGGAAAUAUUUCCUCAUAGAUCAAGGUCUCAAGAAGCUAUGAGCAAACUUCGCGCUGCACAAAUGGGCGUCCAAGCGAUCCAAGAUGAUAUAGCUGAGUCGCAAGACAGGCUGCGACGACUCGUUGAAGAAUCCGUCGCAGAGGACGCUCUUGCGCCACAACUCCACGCACUCCAAGAAAAUAACAUGUCCCUACCGCCGGAAAUCGCACAAGCAAUACGAAGCUAUGAGAGUCGCCGAGCAGCCAAGAGCGAAGAGAUAAAAACCCAAGAAUCAGCCAUCAAUGCUAAACGCGACGAGCUAAAACGAGCGGCCGAGGAACUCGACAUAGCGGAGAAGAACUCGAGCGGCAUAGAAGCCGACAUAAGAGAUCUCCAAGCGGCGGUGACGCGCGGAACAGAAGCAGCCCGGUUCGCCAGCAUGUUCAGCGUGAUGGUGCAGCUGGGGCCGGAAGGAUUGGCGAACAUUGAACAGAUAUACCCAGAGAUUGGCUCUCUACUCGAGUCGCUGCUCGCGUCGAGGAAUAGCCCUUCGCAGCAGAACCAUAACAACAAUCACCAUGUGCAUAAUGCGGUGGACGGAGACGAGGCUAAUGGAUUGUAG